CUCAGUAAAAAGCUGGCACGGUCGGGAACAGAGACAAUCUAUCACUACGGGUUUCUUUAGGAGUUUAGGGUGUGAGACUGGAACCAAAAGGCUAGGGUUUUGUUACAAGGAAGAAGACGAAGAUGGCAGCGAAUUCGUUGACCGUUGAACAAGUACUAAAAGAGAAGAAGACCCAUGACCUCGAUUCCGUCAAGGAACUUAAUCUUAGCUGCAGAGCUCUCAGCGACGUGUCUUGUUUGAGCAAGUUCAGAAACCUGGAGAAGCUCGAUCUUCGUUUCAACAAUCUCACUGAUCUUCAGGGACUGAAAUCUUGUGAGAAUUUGAAGUGGCUAUCGGUUGUGGACAAUAAAUUGCAGAGCUUGAAUGGAGUUGAAGGAUUAAUUAAGCUUACAGUGCUAAAUGCUGGAAAGAACAAGCUCAAAUCCAUGAAUGAGAUCUCUUCUCUUGUCAAUUUGCGAGCCUUGAUUUUGAACGACAACAAAAUAUCCUCCAUUUGCAAGCUGGAUCGACUGAAAGACUUGAACAGUCUCGUGCUUUCUAGGAACCCGAUCAGUGAAAUCGGUGACUCGCUUUCCAAGUUGAAGAACCUCUCGAAAAUUUCUUUGUCUGAAUGCAGAAUAAAAGCUAUUGGGUCUUCUCUCAAGUCAUGCUCUGAUUUGAAAGAACUAAGACUCGCCCACAACGAAAUUAAGGCUCUCCCUGCAGAACUUGUGCUCAACAAGAGGCUACUGAAUUUGGAUGUGGGAAACAAUAUGAUCACGAGUCUCUCUGGUUUAGAGGUUUUGGGUACACUAUCUUGCUUGCGUAACUUGAAUAUUCGAGGAAACCCGGUCUCUGAUAACGAGAAGUCAGCUAAGAAGGUGAGAAAGUUGCUCCUCCCUUCAGUGAAUGUGUUCAACGCUAAACCCUUGGAUAAAAGCUCGAAGAAUGCAAAGCAUGCCCGUUUUGAUACCGACAAUGAAACCUUUGAUACUCGUGACAACAAACCAGCAGAAGAAGAACUAUCCAAAGAUCGAAAAAGCAAGAAGACCUCCAAGAGAAACAAGUCGGAGGAAGAAGAAGAUGCCAUUAAUGAGGACAACAAGAGAAAGAAGAAGAAGUCUAAGAGCAACGCAAAUAUAGAUCAAAUUCAAACAGAAAAGAAGGAAGAACGUAAGCAGAAGAAAUCUCAGGGUAACAACGAUGAUGAUGCUGCUGAGAAGAAACAGAAAAAGGCUAGUCCAAAGAAGGAACUCGAUGCCAUUGAUGAUGCUGAAACCUCUUUCGCUCAAAUCUUUUCCCGGGACACUGUGUCAAAGGGUUCUGGAGAUGCUACUGAGAAGAAGAGAAGCACCGUGCAAGAGACGGGUUUGGUGAGAGUGAUGGAUACUCAAGAUAACAAGAAGAAGAAGAAAAUGGGAAAGAACCAGAGCAAGAGUGCAGUGGUUGAGCUUCCUGGGGAGGUUGAAAUCGGGUUGGGAGGAGAAUCAAAGUGGGAGUAAACCGGAAAACUUAAAACUCGGAUGGUGCAACACUUUGGUGAGAAGGGAUAGUUAUACAAGAGGAAGAGAAACAAAUGUUUCAGUGAUUUUUAAAAAUGGUUUUGCAGCGUUGAGAAGGUUUUUUUUUUACCAGUAAUCUGGUAGAAUUCUGAAUUUUCUUGUGAAAUGCACUUGGUUUUAACUUUUAACAUCUUCAUACAGCUUUUUUUUAUGAAAUGAUUGUACUGUUUCUGGCCAAUUUUGUGUAUUACUGAAGUGAUGAACAAUUGAAGUCUUGUAUUUUCUU